GAAAACACGGUUGUAGGUGAGGCUCCAUGUUCACGGCUGUAAUGGAGGAGAAGAAGACGGUGGUGGUGUCUGGUGUGCCCGACGUGCUGCCCGUCAGCAGGAUCAUCGACAAGCUCACCAUUCAUUUCCAAAGCCGCAGGAGGAGUCACGGAGGAGACGUCGAAGUCGUCAGAUAUCCCACAAACAUGGACGGGGUCGCGUUUGUAACAUUUGACCGAGCUAAAGAUGCAGAGCGGGUGGUGCUGAAGGAGCAGCAGCUCAUGGUGGACGACAAGUUUCCUGAAGAGUAUCUUCUCACUGUGUUUCCCUUCACUCCAGACGUGUUUCUCUAUGUACUUGGUACAACUGUCGAUCUUUCCAUAUUUGGAAGCAAACCAGCACCACUGAUUCAGAGUCUGCGGGCAGCUCACAGGUCAGUACGUUUCCAGCCCUUGCAUCAGCAGAGGAAAGUCACCAUUGAGGGACCUUUUGCUGCCAUCCAGGCCCUGAGAGGGGACCUUGUCCGCAGGGCCAGCCAACUUAAAUCCACAGUCUCAUCCCGAACUGCUGCUGUUAAGCUAACAGAAACUCCUCUUAAUCCGAGGGGAACAUCACAUCACAAGUCUGUCAGCUCUGUAAGCUGCACUGCCUCUAAAGCUAAUCGGGAACCAGUACACUCAAACAGCUUAUCAACACUACUGCAGACCACAGGUGAAGCAACUGAAGUCCUAAGCCUGCUCUCAUAUGCUAAAAACCAAACGUCUGCCACCAGGCCAAAAGUUUCCUAUGAGAGUUUGGUUGCAGGGAGCCUUUGUGACACAGACGGUAAUGAAGGGGAGAAGCUGGGAGCUCAGUCUAGCUUGAAAAUGCCCAGACCCUCACAUGUAAUCACCCUGGAUGAAACAGGAUAUUCACAAAGUGCCACAGAAUACAGAACCAAGCAAGCUACUAAAGCCACCCCCAGACAAGUGUUCAGGGAGCCCAAGAUCAAUGCAGAGAUUAGAUCUUCCUUAUCAGGUAUGGUGCGGCUCCCUGUAGAGGAAAUAUCAGAAAAUCAGCCCCGAGUAGAUGGUAUUUCACAAAAACACACCAGACCAGAUGGGAUUUCAGCAACCAAGACCAGGGGAGAGAAUCAUUUGGCGUCUCACUACAGCAGCACUGCCUAUCUGACAGAAUCAGAUCAGAGCAGCUCAGCAGGCACUGCUAAGCUUCUUCAGACCAGACUUAAAGAUGUCUCGAUGUCCUCUGAGACAAAUACUGAGGAUACUGGAGAGCUGUCUGCAGUCCGUCCAGAUGAUCUGAAAGCUAAAUGCAUCUGGGUCGACUCAGACACAUUCAGAUAUAUUAGAAAAUUACAAAGGAAGGAGUUGGACAGGUGCUUGAGAGGUCUCGAUGUUUCUGUUGAGUGUGUUGAAGGCACAGACCUCACUCAAAUAUGGUUGACAGGUAAGCAAACCUCCAAGAUGGCCUUCAGGGUCCAGUACGGUUUGGAAGACCUCAAGACUUUGGUGGAGUUGUGGCAGUCGAACUUAAGAGUUCACUGGAUCCACUUUAACGAGGAGGAGAAGCCUGAGCAGAAGAAACUGAUUGAGAUCUGUGAUGAUGUGAAUUUCCUGUAUGAUGAUGUUCUUUACAUGAUCGAGGAUUGUUCCAUAAAAAUCAUUGGCACAUCACUGUCUAGUUACCUGUUCUAUAGGAGAGUGAAAGAUAGAAUUACUAAACUGAAAGACGAAUUAUUGUAAGUCUGAGGUAUGGUAAUACAAUAACAGGACCAAAAACAAAUCAAUGCACUAUUAUUAAUGGCCACUGGGUGGAGCAGCUGUGCUGCAUGUUGCCUGCUCAAAAGUAGCUUGUGUCUAGAAUUAACACCAGUCUUAUUAUAAUUUAAACAAAUUCAAAUGUUUAGCUACAUUACAGCCACAUGGCUUUAUGAAAUAUUUUAUGUUGUCACACAGUUUGAUGUAAUUUAUUAUUUUUGGGCAAAUAACCAGAAUAACAAAGUAUUUAUCUGUAAGACAUCUACAAUUACUCACAAAACUCAAAAUAGAAAUGUCUAGGUACCUUAUUAAAU